GAGGAACUGGCCCCGAGGCGCGCGCACGCUCGCGCACCCAGUCCCCAGACCCGGAGCCGCUCGCGGCCGGCUCCGCGCCGCAUCGUUGGGUGCAUAGCAGCGCAGCGCGGCGGCCUUUCCGCAGCCGAGCGACAGCAGCGGCUCCCCGACCAGGGAUUGAACCUGGGCCCACAGCAGUGAAAGCGCCGAGUCCUAACCACUGGACCACCAGGGAAUUCCCUAUCUUAUUUUUUUGCAGAACCAUUUGAAACAUUUCAAGGCUUGUGGGUUCUUAGUUCACAGACCAAGGAUCAAACCCAGCCCUUUCAGGACAAAGAGGAGUGGACAGGCCGCUGGGCCGGCUGGUGCCAUCAUGUCAGAGAAAGUGAACAACUUCCCACCAUUGCCCAAAUUCAUCCCGCUGAAGCCAUGUUUCUACCAAGACUUUGAGGCGGAUAUCCCUCCUCAGCAUCUCAGCAUGACCAAGCGCCUCUACUACCUCUGGAUGCUGAAUAGCGUAACGCUGGCCGUGAACCUGGUGGGCUGUCUCGCGUGGCUGAUCGGAGGCGGGGGAGCUACCAACUUUGGCCUCGCCUUUCUCUGGCUCAUCCUCUUCACACCCUGCUCCUACGUCUGCUGGUUUCGGCCCAUUUACAAGGCCUUCAAGACUGACAGCUCCUUCAGCUUCAUGGCAUUCUUCUUCACCUUCAUGGCCCAGCUGGUCAUCAGCAUCAUCCAGGCUGUGGGCAUCCCAGGCUGGGGUGUCUGGCCCUUUGCAUCCAAUGAUAUCGUCUCUCCCUGUGACAAUGAGAUGGUCCCUUACUCUAGUGGGGUGGCUCCUGGGUACCCCUCACCAUGCAAGGCAGCCCCACAGCUGGCCUAUUUCUGCAGCGGCUGGAUCGCUACCAUUUCCUUCUUCGGAACGAACGUUGGCUCAGCGGUGGUGAUGCUCAUUCCCACUGUCAUGUUCACGGUCAUGGCUGUCUUUUCCUUCAUUGCCCUCAGCAUGGUUCAUAAAUUCUAUCGGGGCAGCGGGGGGAGUUUCAGCAAAGCUCAGGAGGAGUGGACCACGGGGGCAUGGAAGAACCCGCACGUGCAGCAGGCGGCCCAGAAUGCAGCCAUGGGGGCAGCGCAGGGUGCCAUGAAUCAGCCGCAGACUCAGUAUUCUGCCACCCCCAACUACACAUACUCCAAUGAGAUGUGAACGAGCCAAGCCUCCCAGAAGCUGGCUGGGGGCCGGUGGAACGGGGGCUCAAGCCACACGUUGUGGUGACCAAGCAGGGUUCCCCCUUCCCUUUUUCUCCUCCUCCACUUUGUACAAAGAAUCAGAGUUAUAUAUAUAUAUACAUAUAUAUGUAUAUCCUCUCCCCCACACCCUUGGAUUCACGUGGAGCUGUCCCGUGCGGUGAUAGCUGUGUCUGUGUCCCCUUGUGAAUAGUGUGCAGUGAAGGUCUCUGUUGUUGUGGUGCUAGAUGUAUGUUUAGAACUAAACCAGCCCCCCACCCUCCACCAGGCUGCCCCCUCUGACCUUGGCCCAGGGACCCUUCAUGGGGCAGAGGGAGGCAUAGCAGAAGAGCCUGGCCCCCUCCCAAGGGUUAUGAGCUGAAACUGUUUCCACUUUUGGUCUUACUGGGGAGCAGCAGUAUUUAGAACUCAUGGGGAUGGUAGCGGGGAGAGUGGAGACCCGCAGAGGAUCUUCUUCUGCUCCUUCUGAUCCAGGUCUCUCCCUGCCACCACUCCCAACCUCCUCCUCCCCUCCUCUCUUCCUGCUGUCAGAUUCCUGUGGUUCCUUCUCCUGCCCAGGGUCUCUCUCUUCUCUCUGUGGCUUUUCUUUGUCUUCUCCAAGGUUGAGUGUCCCAGUUGUAUCUGCUCCUGAGACUGAGCCCCUUCCCAGAUCCAGGAAGCAGACAGGGGAGCUGAGCCUUAGCCCUGAUGUGGGAGGGCCCACAGCCGGAGAUGCGGAGCCCACCUGGGUACCUGAAUCCAGGGGGUGGAAAUGCAAGGCAGGCUCCUCUCUUCCCUGCCUUGCCUUCCCCUCCUUCUCUUCCCAGAGCCCCGUUGAGCCCCGUCUGCCUAUGUCCCGGCUGUGGCCUGAUUCUCCUACCCUACCCCUACUGUGUUCUAGGUGGCAUCUGCCAUCCAUAAGGGCAGAUUCCACUGCCUUCCCUGAAGAGCUAGGUAGUGUCCAGGCAAUUUUCAGGUGUAAAGGUGCAGCUGGAGCAGAGGGUAUGUAAAUAACUACUGGUCCCUGGGUGUCGUUUGGUUGGCCCAAGCCCACUGGGCAGGUGCUAGGUGUCUCUGAAUGACCACUGGAUUCCUGGGAGCGAUAGCUGUUCUGUCUGGGUCUGAUAGAAGGGAUAGGCUCAGAGGGCUGGUUCUGGAGGGAAGAUCAGAGGAGAAGGCAGGCAGGGCCCGGUGAGAGGGGAUCAUGCAUCCCCCCCACCCCAGCUCACUCUUGGUCAUAGGGCAGUUCUGGGCACUUGAGCUCAAGGCCCAGGAAGAAGCACAGGCCCAAUCCUAUGUGGAAGCACAAUGGCUGGAAUGUGAUUUCAGUUUAGGUCGGGUGGGAGGGGCGAUUCUCUGGCUCUUGUUUUUUUUCAAAUCAAGAUUACUUGCUUCCCUCUGCCUACUAGACUUGAUUUUUGGCCCUUCCUCACCUUGUCAGCAACCCCUUUCCUUUCCAGGCCAGUGACUGCAGGCCCGUUGUGUGCCAGACAUUGUGAGAAUGUUGUUCGUAGAGGCCCUGGCUCUCUCGGAGGCCUGGAGGGGAGUGGGUUCUCACCCAAGGAGCAGCUGCCCAUUUCUCACUCACUGCCCCCACCUCCCACCUGGGCUAUUUAGCUUGAAAAACCAAACCCCGCCUGGCCACUCUGGGCGGCUCCAGCUUAGAAUCCAACACCUGGAUUUCCAGGUGCCGUCCUGAGCUUUGAGCGCCAGGUACUUCAUUUUCCUAAAAGGGGAGCUAGGACCUCUGGGAAGUUAUCUUCCUAAUGGUCCCUUAGGCUUGGGCCAGAAUGUGAUUGGCUCUCUCCUCCACCACUUUCUCUGCAGAAAGCAGUUGUCACAGGCCCUAGUACCUGAAAAGAGACCCUAGGUCUAGGUUCUUCCUCCCGUUUCCUUUCUCCCCUCCCAGACCUCUGGCUCCCUUUCUCUUUGUCUCUCUGGUAACUCCAGGAGGCCUGCUGCCAGCCCAGCAUCCUUGACCUGUUGGAUGCCACCUCCAGUCGACUCCUGUCCUACCUGCCCUUUCUCUUUCCUGGCUCAGACCUGUAUGGCCAUGCCCUGGCUCUGCCCUUAGGAAGACCUGCUACCUGUGUGUGGCCCAGCUUGUCCAGGCCCUGGGAUGCUGCAUCUCCAGGCAACUAUGCACUUUCCUGGGGAGGGAGCCAGUAUGAGAAGUGGGGGCUGGGCACAGAUACAUCUCUGCUGGAUGGUCUGGCUUGAGGGUCGGGUGGAAGAAGGCCCAGGUCAGUCUGGAAAUCCUCAGGUCUUUGGCCAGCCAGUCACCUGCUUUUGCAUUCUGCUGGUGCCCCCUGCCCCUCCUUGUUUCUGGGAGACACAGACCAUUCUCCAACUGGCAGUUGACCUGCCUGAGCCAAUGUGUCUGUCAGUGGUAACUGAAUGAACCAUAAUAAAGGGGAACAUUUGGCCCUCUG